CUUCCAUCUACGAUGAGGCGGGUCUGCACUAUUGAGUUUUAACAAGUCCAGGCUUCACAUGAGCUUAAUGGUAAGCUAGAACCUCUUUCUUGUCGCACAGUCAUUUAAAAGAAAAAGGGCACAUGAGGGGAUAUCCAUAUUCUCUUACUCUGAAAACAGCUAUCAUUUACUGUAACUAAAUAGUGUUCAAAGUGAUAAUAUUGUAUGAGUGUGAAUUCUGUACAGACAUAAAUAAUUUUCAAGACAAGAAUAUUUAAGGUCAACUCAAAACCCGCUAGCUAACGGCAACAUUUUAUUGUUCUUAUCAAAUAAUAUUUUCGAACUCUGGCAUGGAAUGUUGAACGAUUCAGAUUUGAAUAUACAGCUUGGUUGAUUUGUCUUGUUCAUAGGUAUGUUCAUAAGUAUUGAGGAACACGACUUCUUUCUCUUGCAUCUAGUCGUGGUGCUCUUAGCGCACGUUACAUCUUGUUUUACAUCCACUUUUAACAAAAUCGACGAAAAAUCUGAUCCCAGUUGAAGAAAAUGUCAACGAAAACUGGGGUAACCCCUAUAACACUUGAAGAAAGGUUUCUUACUCAUGCAAUUUUCACAGUUUGACUCUCAGAUUGCCGGUUAAGGGAAACCAUGAGAAAUACAUGCUGCUACCAAUUUUAAAGCAGGUAGGUCCUAAUUAAGAACGCCACAAUGUAAGCCAAAUACAGGAAAGCGUUUUUUUUUUUCAAGGACUUGUUUGCGCGUGUACCAGUAGCACAACGCACACUGUCGUAUAGCAGGUUAAUUUGAGAUACUAUCGAAGAUGUUACAGUUUUCUCUUACCAAAGUUUUCGCCAAGUGCGACUUGAGCAACUCGUUUUUACAAAGGAAAUUAUCUAAUGAUAUUUAUCAACUAGUUAUUGAACAGAAGGACAGGAUAUUAAACUACAUAGUGAAAAAUAUCAUUUUAUACAUUGAUUUCCGGGAAAUGAGCAUGCUCAAUCAAUGAUAGAGUGAGGUGAUUUAGCCUCAAGCAGAAGCCACACAUUAAUAUUGUAUUUUGUUUAUAAGUUGCAGCUAUGAACAAUAGCAACAUUUCAACACUAGGUGGUGUGCACGCCGUUACUCAGUGUACACUCGGGCUCAUUUCAAAAAGCUUUGCGACAAAGCUGGCUUUGACCAUCGUUUAUGUUCUUGUGUUCGUUGUUGCCCUCUCUGGAAACUGCGCCAUCAUUUUGAUAGCAAAGACAAAAAGACGCAUUCGAAAAGUUGCCUUCAAUUAUUUCAUCAUCUCCAUGGCAGUGGCUGACAUAAUGGAUGCUUUGGUUGCUGUACCAAUGACAGUCUGGAAUAUCUAUAUGUCCAACCACUGGUUUGACGGAUUAAUUGGAGAUAUCACUUGUAAAUUUUUCAACUUUCUCUUCAACAUAUCACUAGUGGCCUCCAUUUUUACCCUAGUGGCUAUCUCAGCGGAUAGGUACUUGGCAAUUGUGCACGUCAUGAGGAAACCUCUCUCGAAAAAGAAGGUAAAACUGGGUGUGGUCUCAGUAUGGUUCCUUACAGCAAUCAUGUCGCUACCCUAUCUGAUCAAAUACAAAUUUCGUCCAUGGAAAAACGGGCAAUAUUUCUGUUAUGGCACCUGGAGCGACGAUUUCGGAAAAAAUUUAUAUUUUUAUAAGUAUGAGGUGACGGCAAGACUUCUGUUCUUCUACAUACUUCCUCUUUUUGUUAUCGCUGUCUUGUAUUCCUUCAUUAUCCAAGUCUUGAAGAAACGACAGGCCCUUGGGGAAAACAUGUCACAGCUUCGCAUUCAACAGCAGAACGUCACUGUAAUUAAGAUGUUGGUGACCGUCGUCCUUCUCUUUGCAUUUUCGUGGCUUCCAGCCCAUGUGGUGUCGAUAAUGAUUGCGUUCGCCCCAGAAAAGAUCAAGUGUUGGCCAAUUUCUCUCCUGUAUACACUUCUCGUGCCAGGACAUGCAAAUGGCGCCGUCAAUCCUUGUAUCUACCUCAUCUUCAACGAGAAUUAUCGGAAGGGACUCAGGCGACUCCUCGUCAGAUGUCAGAGAAAAGCGGGAGAUCGGAUUCCUACUUGGAAGAUAAAACAGUGGCCAACAUCAUCGACUCUCGAGCGGGAUCCAAGCCGAGGGGGCAUAAAGGGCGUAUUUCGUCAACUCUCUAGGGAAAAGAGCACUGAAACCGAUGAAGUAUUUGUAACGCGCCUAUAAAUCAAACACCGAAUGUAAGGCACAGCAUAAAAUUACUUUUGCAUCUCUUUAAGUUAUCUUUCUGUUAUAUUUUUUUAAAGCAUUAUAUCUCUUUCAAUUGGAAGACAAAUAAUACGGGAAAAGAAUGCUUUCUUUGUGCCGGAUAGUUCUAAUCAGCUGUGCAUCAAAGUAAAGUAUAUUUCUGCUAAACGCUUUUGUUAAUAUGAUAAAGAUAACGAUUUGACCCAUGGAUUUGAAAAUAACAAGAAAGAUAUUGAGAAUAGCGAUCACGAUAAAGUUUAUGACGAUAACGACAACAAAGACGAAAAUGACAACGACGACGAUAGUGAUGAUGAUGAUGAUAUUAUAAAAAUUUGAUCGUUAUCAAGACAACGGUUAAGAUCCGAGCGCUAAUAUAGGCCAUAUUGAAAGUGAAGGUUAAAAUAAUUAUACUGAACGAGCUAAAAGAUACGAAGAAAAGAAAUGAUUUUAAUUUUAGUAAUCAUGCAGACAUCUGUUGCAUACUUAAUAACAUUGUGGUAAAUGGAACAAGUUACCAGGAGGAUUCUAAGUCCAUCAGAAACUUGAUUUCAAUUGAAUGGUAAGCAUAUAAUUUGAGAAAAAAUGUUUACGAAUAUAUCUAGUCGACGAAGCCUUCAUUUAGGCCUGAAAUAUCAAUAUGUAAUAUAUGUACGGGUAAAGCUCACCAAUCAAAGGACUCUUCCCAUGUGGAAAAGGGCUCGAGACUAUUGGGUGGUUGUCAAGUGGCCCCCUUAUGACUUUGGCAAACGGAUUACUGUAUGAUGAAGGCUGAGAAUAAUCCAUAGAAGCUCGGGUUUUUAUUGGAGACAUGAAACGCAGUUAAAUUUGCACAUCAAAACUAUUUGUCACUGUAGCUGUAGUAGGGCAGAAGAGCUAAGCGGGGCCUAUUAUACUCUGCUGUAUUAAUAGGUAUGAUAAAUGACAUGCGCUACGACAUAAUUAUGUAAAUAAAAUAUUUGAUUUUAUCCAGAUCAGCCAGCGAAAAAGUAUUUACACCGGUAUACGGCUAGAUAUUCUCUUCAGUACAGUAACUCUACCGCGCAAAACAGACGAAUAUAAAAGUAACAACCGUAAUGGGAAAUUAUGGCUGAUGAUU